AUCUCCUAUUAGAUCUAAUGGUGUUUGAUAUGAAAGGGAAGAAGACUGUUCCUGACAAGGAGCGUCAGAUUGAAGCUCUUCAGCUACUCUUCCUGUUGUUGCCUUCAGCCAAUCGGAACCUGCUGAAGUUACUAUUGGAUCUUCUUUAUCAAACUGCCAAACUGCAGGAAAAGAACAAGAUGUCUGCCUACAACCUGGCACUUAUGUUUGCUCCACACAUUCUCUGGCCCAGGAAUUUGAUGGCUGCAGACCUUCAAGAAAACAUCACCAAACUGAAUAACAGCACAGCAUUUCUAAUUAAACACUCUCAGAAGCUUUUCCGGGCACCAGCAUAUAUUCGAGAACUUGCCAGAUUGCAGUUCACAGGAUCAAAACUUUCAAUGAUCAGAGAUGAUCUGGAUUUAUUGCCAGCUCAAGAUUGCCCGGAUUUGCUCAUUAUGAAAAGUGCAAAGCGGAGUGGGUUGCAUUCAGUUUCAAGACUCAAGGAGGAAACGCAGCAGCAUACAGAGGAGGCCCUAAAGGAACUCUUUAAACAUGUCAGCAAUAUGCCCAACUCUGCCAAGAAGAGAAAACUUGUGAGACAGUUUCAUAAAAGCUCAGUGGCUGGUACUCCUGAAGGAUUCAUUUCACCGAAACCCAAGAAACACAUGCGCUCCAAGUCUUUUGGCGGUCGCAUUAAGCGUAAAGUUUUGGGUGGUCAGCAUAUCUCUGAAAGAAAAAGCAAAAACCCAACACCAGAUAAAGUGACUGAAAGCCAUGGAUACCCUCAAGUGGAUGAUGUGGAGAACCUCGAGCAGAAGUGUGUGGAAUCAGCAGCACUGCACUUCAGUCGUAUCCGGUCAAAGUCCACAGAUGAAAUCCUCAAUGGCAGGAAGGAAACCCUUGGAAUGAACCGAAUAAUCACAACCAAGGAAUCGGCCAUGUAAUUCAGUCUUCCUCUCGCCUUCAAAAUGUCUCAAACUGUGAAACUGGAUAUGUCCAACAGAAUCACGAAGAACCACUAACUGCCCAUUGGAACUGAAAAGUUGGAUGUUUGGAAAGACUAUUAGUUUCAACAACCUGUGUAAAAGUUUAUGUUCAGGCUGUUACCAAUUUGCAAAGAUGCUGCCUCAUUUAAUGGGGAGGCCAGUCUACAGAUCAGGUAAUGGGGAAAUUCUCACAGGCUAUUUGAGUGCAUAUAAACAAAAAACAGCCAGACCCUGGGAUGGGAAGUAUAGAAAAUGCAAGUAGCUGAAAGAUGCUGAGUAACUGUGAAGAUGAGGCUGUUACUGGUUGGGCCUAACCUGCUGGCUUGCAAUGUAUUUAUUUCAGACAUUUAAUAAUUAUUGGUCUUAAUACAUCAAGCCAUUCAUCCACAUCCAGCUCUAUUAGGAACCCGAUCCCAUCAGGUGUUUGAUUUGUAACAAACCAAAAACCUCAGGGAGGGUUUGAGGUCUGACUGGGUGGAGGGGUUGUAAAGUCAAUCAUCUGUCAUUGCCUUUUGAGAUUAUAUUUUGUGUGUCUUCAGUAAUUCUGCAGUUCUUUAAUUUUUCACCGUGUCAUUGACAUCUUUAGUUUUAAUAGCACAAUAUUCCAAUGGUUGAUGAGAGAGUGUAAUUCCUCUGCAGCCUCUGAUUUGGACUGUGGUAAGUGAUGUCAAGAAAUAAUUAUAUUUGAGUCAGCAGGAAGGAAAGUAGUGUGGGAUUAAAGUAAGGGCUAAAGUUGAAUGCUGAGCAACUUAAUGGUUUCUUCCAUAUAACCAACAAACCUUAAACAGGAGAAAAUCAUUUUUUUUCUGAAGACUAAAAGUUUACCUUCAUAUUAGCCAGAUUCCUCACUUUUUUUAUAUUUUUGUCAUUUAAACCCUGUUACAUGUGACUUUUUACUAUUGCCACUCAGUCACUGACUGUAGGAGAGAAAGAUAGACCACAGAAUUAAACUGCAUCAAUUGUCAUCUUGCACCUAGACACAGAGCUGGAAGGAGUGCGGAGAGGAGGGGCUCACUUUUUUGUCCCUGUCACUGAGCUCAGCAGAUGAACAGCUUGCUAUGUUGGAUUGGACUAUUUUUCUAAGUAGUUUCUGAUAAAUAUUUGAGUUGCACUGGGUGGUAGACACGCAAUCAAGGCUGCAAAAUCUCUAAGAGUGAGUGUGCUAAUACCCCUACAGUUAGAGUAGUCAGUAAUUGAGAAUCAGCUAAAGGAAUUGAAUGUGAUUUUUUUGUAUGUCAUGAAUAUCAUUUUAAAUAUUAAUGUCCUUAUAUUUAUGUAUAAUAUAUUAAUGUUUUAUA